CUCAGAUACCAAAACUUCCCUGCCUGAUCCUGUCAGUAAUAAACAGGCUUUCACCUCAAAUCCUUUUUAGAUCAGGUCUGAGCGAUGAAAGGGAGUUUAUGGAUUGGUGGACCUAAACUUACGCUGUUGAGGCCCUAUCAUUUUUGGUAGGCCCUUUUGGAGGCGAAUACAGCUAGUCUCCUACUAAACCAUGGUUAUACGUGUGUGCUGCGUUCGCGGAAGCCACUACCGGGUCGGGCACCAGAUCGGGCGGGCCUUCCGAGCGCAGAUCGCCGAGUACUUUCGCCGUUACCCCGGCUUCGCCAAGCUCCUGGCAACGCUCCAAACAGACGCUGGAAGAAACGCGUACGAAGGCUACUUGAAGGCUGCCAAGUCCGCGUUUCCGCACUAUGUUGAUGAGAUAGUGGGGAUGUCGGAAGGGUCUGGCCUCCCGUUCGAACAUCUCUUCCUGAUGCACUGUCAAUCAGAGUUCACACUCAUGUCCCUGCAGCAGGAGGAAGUGGAGACCGAGACAGAAGGUUGUACAACUGUAUAUCUUAACGUCCGUAACGGACCUCGGAUUCUGGCCCACAACGAAGACGGGGACUCGCUCAUCAAAGCCCUGGGUUACGUGGUGGUCGCUAGUAUCGAGCCCUACGAGCUGCCAAGCGGAGAGGUUGUCCCCGAAGAAAGCUUCACCGCCUACUGCUACCCCGGGCUGCUGGCUGGGAACGCAUAUGGCUUCAACCUGCACGGCUUGUGCACCGCCGGCAACUUCCAGCUGGCAAAGUGUGUGGAGAAAGACAAAAUACCUCAGCGGUUUGCGUGUCGCGCCCUGCUGUCGGCUGCGUCCGUGGAGAAAGCCGUGGACAUCCUCAGGACAGGCUCCGGCGUUGGACUGGCCACUGGAUACUCCUACAACCUCGCCGUCAGCACCAAGGACGGGGACAACGCCAUGUACUCAGUAGAGGUGGCGCCCGCGGAGGGGGAAGCGAGAAACUUGGUCUCUGUUCACGCCGUCGAGCCGGGAGAGGUCGGAUCUGCGAGUAGCUACAAUCAUUACAAUAUGUAUGAACACCUGGAUACCCCCUCCUGGCGAGACCUCAGCUCUGAACACAGGAAAGCCCGGGCUGGCGCAGUCGGACCGCUGUCUAGUAAAGAGGACGUUCUCAAAUUCAUGGGUAGGAUGAUAAGGAAUAUGGGAUAA